GUAGAGUGCGAGCGUUUUUUUGAACAAAACUAGACCGUAAACCAUGAACAGCAGCCACCUAUUUCAACCGAACCGUGCCCUGGGCUACGUUAGCAAUCAUAUUCCGGCCAACGUGCGAUACAUAGAUCAGAGGCGCGAGAAUGUCGUCAUCACUUGCGUUGGACGUUCGUUUCACGUAUACGGGUGCAACAGUUUCCGGCUGAUUCGGACCGGACGCAUUCAUCCGGCUGACAUUACGGCAAUAGCGGCGGACGGAUUCUUAACCUAUGUUGCCUCCGGUAAUCUGAUCUAUGGCUGGCGAUCGAGUGUGGAACUGCGCAAGAUUUACCGUGGACACGGGAAGCCCGUACACCUGUUGCUGCCUUUUGCCAAACAUCUCAUUUCGGUUGAUGCGAGCAGCCUGCUGAAGAUAUGGAUCGUAGCAACACAAGAGCUAUACCUGGAGAUACCAUUCGCUAACAACGAGUUUGAAAUAUCGGCCAUUGUUCAUCCAGCAUCGUACAAGAACAAAAUUCUGCUUGGCAGCGCGCAGGGCGGAUUGCAACUGUGGAACUUGAAAUCAUGCAAAUUGGUGCAUAAUUUUGCCAAGUUCGACAGCAAGGUUUUGCAGCUGGAACAGGCACCCGCUAUAGAUGUUAUUGCCGUUGGACUACACAGCGGAAAGAUUAUACUGCUGAACAUUCAGUAUGAAGAGGUGGUCGUGGAGGUACAGCAAGAUUGGGGGCCAGUGACGGCAAUAAGCUUCCGGACGGAUGGUACCUCGAUCAUGGCUACGGGCAGUUCGAACGGUCAGGUCGUUUUUUGGGAUUUGGAAGAAAGAACAAUUGUUUCAACACUGAUGGCCCACGAUGAUUCCGUUACGGGGCUUCAUUUUUUGCCCAACGAGCCACUGUUGGUGACGAGUUCGCCGGACAAUUCUUUAAAAAUGUGGAUUUUCGAUUUGUCCGAUGGUGGGGCACGUUUGUUACGGUUUCGCGAAGGACACGCUGCACCACCGACGUGUAUCCGGUAUCACGGUGCAUCCGGCCGGAAUAUAGUAUCGGCCGGGGAAGAUUCUUCUCUGCGGAUCUUCAGUACUGUUGCGGAGACGUUAAACUGCAGCUUGGGAAAGGCUAGUUACAACCGGAAGGCGUCGAAAAAGCAAAAGAAAAAAUCAGAAGACCCGUUCCGUAUGCCACCCAUCGGGUACUUCACGACGGAAGUGACGCGUGACAAAGAGUGGGACAGUAUCGCAGCGCUUCAUCAGGGACUGGUGCAAGUAACGACCUGGUCAUACGAUAAGCGACGCAUGGGUGAUCUUCAUCUCGUGCCGGAAGCGUUCCAAAACAAGCAACACAACAAGGACUUUUCCGUAAUGGCCACCUGCCUGUGCUUGAGUCAUUGUGGCAACUUUGUCACUAUCGGCUAUUCGAGCGGGCAUGUCGAACGAUUCAACAUACAAAGUGGUAUUCAUCGUGCUAGCUAUGGAUCGCCAUGCGCCCACAAAGACUACAUCCGGGGCCUGUCCAGUGACAAUUUGAACCAGCUAAUAGUGACUGGUGCCGCGGAUGGAUUGCUUAAGUUUUGGAACUUUAAACAACCACAAUCGACGGUCAUUAGUACUCCACUCGAUACGCUCAAUCUGCACGAACCGAUAACACUGAUGCGUACGCACCGCGAAAGUGCCAUAAUUUGUGCUGCCCUGGAUGAUUUCACGGUUGUUCUGGUGGAUUUGGACACGCGUGUCAUUGUGCGCCGUUUCGAGGGACAUCGGGGUACGAUAGUGGAUGCGUGUUUCUCACCCGACAGUCGAUGGCUCAUAACGACGGCGCAGGAUUGUAUCGUGAAGGUAUGGGACAUACCCUCUUCCUAUCUGAUCGAUCACUUCCGCGUUUCGCACAUGUGCACUUCGCUCACUAUGUCCCCAACGGGUGACUUUCUAGCAACGGCACACGUAGACUAUCGUGGCAUAAAUCUGUGGGCUAACAAGAGCCUCUUCACGAAUGUUCAGCUGCGUGGACUGAAGCCAGAAUCUGAAGCUCCACUGCUGGAUCUACCGACCGCGAAGUGUGAUGAGCAGCAACAAGACGGUACUGGUUUUCCUCUUGAUACCGCGAAAAGGAUGGAACUGGAAGAGCUGGAGGAUGCGUUCGAAGAAAUCAACCUCGAGUAUAAUUCACCGCCCCAAUUGUCGCGUGAGCUGAUCACCAUGUCCACGGUGGCUAUUUCUCGGUGGCAAAAUCUGUUAAAUUUAGACAUCAUCAAGAAACGCAACCGACCUCGGCAAGCUCUUAAGAAACCAAAAUCUGCCCCAUUCUUUCUACCGACCGUGGCUGGGCUUGAUUUCGAGUUCGAUUUGAAUGCUGCGUCGGGUGACAAAACGAUGGAAGAUAAACCGACCGUUGACGGAUCACGCAUUAUCGAUCUGAAGCAGGUAGAUCACUUGACGCCAUUCGGAAAGCUGUUGAAUGCGGCGCUCGUAACAGAAGAGUAUAAUAAGCCGAUCGACUAUCUGAUGAAGCUCGGUCCAUCGAUGAUUGAGCAUGAAGUGCGAAAUUUAACACCAUUUAACAGUGGCAGUGGCAGUCUCCCGGUGAUGGGCAUGUUCAUGCGCAUGAUUAUCCACAUGUUCGAGCAGCGAAAGGAGUUUGAGCUAGCGCAGAGCUAUCUGAGCCUGUUUUUGAAACUUCAUGGACGGACGGUCGUGGAGAACAAGCAGCUGAGUGAUCUAUUACCGGCCGUAGAGGAAGCACAAACAACGAGCUGGACCGUUUUGGAGGAUAAGCUGCUGUACGGAUUGGGGGUUGUUAGCAAUUUGCGAAACUACAGCACUUAGAGAAUAAAACUUAAGGCUUACCCGUUGAAGAAACAGGUAGAA